UUUUCCUGCUGAGGAACCAGAGGCAGAAGGUGGGCUGUGUUUCGGAGGCCAUUUUAUUUGGUCUUCAGUAACAGUUUCUUCAGCCAUGGCCACCUCUGCAAGCUCGCACUUGAGCAAAGCGAUAAAGCACAUGUACAUGAAGCUGCCUCAGGGUGACAAGGUACAAGCCAUGUACAUCUGGAUUGAUGGGACUGGUGAAUUCCUGCGCUGUAAAACCCGGACACUGGACCAUGAGCCCAAGAAUCUUGAAGAUCUACCAGAGUGGAAUUUUGACGGCUCCAGUACCUUCCAGUCUGAAGGCUCCAACAGUGACAUGUACCUUGUGCCAUCUGCCAUGUUCCGGGAUCCUUUCCGCAAGGACCCCAACAAACUGGUGCUCUGUGAGGUCUUAAAGUACAACCGCAAGCCAGCAGAAACAAAUCUGAGGCAUACAUGUAAAAGGAUUAUGGACAUGGGGUCUAACCUGAACCCCUGGUUUGGGAUGGAGCAAGAAUACACCCUUCUAGGUACAGAUGGACAUCCUUUUGGCUGGCCUUCCAAUGGCUUUCCUGGACCACAAGGCCCAUACUUUUGUGGAGUUGGAGCGGACAAAGCUUAUGGCCGAGACAUCGUAGAAGCUCACUAUCGGGCUUGCCUGUAUGCUGGUGUGAAUAUUGGUGGUACAAAUGCAGAAGUUAUGCCAGCACAGUGGGAAUUCCAAGUGGGCCCCUGUGAAGGUAUUGAGAUGGGUGACCACCUCUGGAUUUCUCGAUUCAUCCUUCAUAGAGUAUGUGAAGACUUUGGUGUCGUGGUGUCUUUUGACCCCAAGCCGAUUCCUGGGAACUGGAAUGGAGCUGGCUGCCACACUAACUUCAGCACUAAACCCAUGCGAGAUGAAGGAGGCCUCAAGUAUAUUGAAGAAGCCAUUGAGAAGCUGAGCAAGCGUCAUCAGUACCACAUCCGUGUCUAUGAUCCCAAAGGGGGGCUUGAUAAUGCCAGGCGCCUGACUGGCUUACAUGAGACAUCCAACAUUAACGAGUUCUCUGCUGGAGUAGCCAAUCGUGAUGCCAGCAUCCGUAUCCCAAGAAGUGUGGGCCAAGAAAAGAAGGGCUACUUUGAAGACCGCCGACCCUCCGCCAACUGUGACCCUUAUGCUGUGACCGAAGCACUAGUCCGUACAUGUAUUCUCAAUGAAACUGGGGAUGAGCCCAUUGAGUACAAGAACUAAGUGGACUUUGCCUCACAGGCACCCACUCUCGUUCCCCCCCCUUCCAUAUUUUCUCUGAUGUUUUCUAGAUGUUAAUCCUGAGGGCGUAAGAUACCAUGUUUGUUGCUCCCCUCCCCUAAAACUUAUCCUCUUGUUUCUUCAUGUGGGAGGGGGGGGGAAACUAGUCUUUCAGUGUUUAUUCUGUCAUUUGAGGGGGCAGGAGAGGAGAAGCGGAUGGUAGAGGAAACAAAACCUGGAUUAACCACUAUUUCAUGUAAUUCGUGUGUUUGUCUUGAAAAGGUUUCAGUAGUUUCCACAAACAGCACAAUGAUGUGGAACAAUGAGAAAUACAUAUGUUUAGGGUCUAAUUAACUCCCUUUCGUUGGAUCUGCUGAAAUGGAAAUGGCUAAAGGCAUGUUCAUGCUUGAUUUGUUCAUUUCAGUGAUGUUAAAAAAAAUGGGGAGUUCAGCAUCCUGCCACUAAAAAUAGCAUGGUAUCAACCACCAGGCAGAUCCAUGAGGGAGCUCCUUCAGGAGCAGAAGGGGAUCUUACUAACCCUUUUUAUGAAACAUAGGGGCACUUUGUGAACUUUCUGCCAGUGUUAGACUCUUUGGGCAUUCUUCCAAUCUACACUGAAUUUUUCCAUACCCAAGACUGAAAACUUUUAAUUAAAAGUUGUCAGACUUUUGUCAGAUCUGUUUUUGGAAGCCAUCUGAUGUUCUGUUCCUAACACAGAGUGAAGUAGGGUUUUUUUUAUAUUUAAAUGUCUAAAACAUUUUUAAAAGUUUUUUUUAAAAGGUCCACUAAAGCCAUUUGCAGAAGGACUGGGAAUGCUGCAAGUUAAGACUUGGAUGGAAUGGAAAACCAAGAGGCAAAAAGCUAGUUGAGAAGAGAGAGAGAGACAGAGAGAGAUUAAUUGUGGGGUGUGUUUCUUCCCCCAAAUUUGAGCAGCUUUGAGGGCUUGCUAAAGAUAAGGGGCUUUCUGUUUACAAGCUUGUAAGUUAAAAUAGGUAUUAAUUUUUAAUUUAAGCUGAAGCCACUGGGCUGUCUGGGCAGAGCCCCAUGUGGCUGGCUGAAGCAAUGAAAGAUGCAUUUGUGCUUCAAAGAAAGAGUUGGCUGGUCAACUUUAACCAUGUUUAUUGAUAAGUAUUUGGCAGGGAAUGGGGUGGGGUAAGGAGCAGGUUAAAAUUUCUGAUAAGGUGCAUGUCAGCUAAAGCAGGGCUUUUGAUAAAUGAAAAAAAAAGAUUGGGAAAUGGAUUUUUAGAGAUUUUAAAUAACACAUUUUUAGGCAUUUCUAGAGCUGUACAGUUUUACAGAGACCACUGUGGUUCCUGUAGGUACAUCCUGACACUCAUAAAAUAUAUAAAUAAAUAAUAGCCUGCCACUUUUGUCAGGAUUCCACUAAUAAACAUAGCUGCCCUCAGAGGUAAUGCUAGUGGGUUCAAAACGUUCCGGGAUUUUGUAUCUUGGUAUCUUGGAUGAUGCUGAUCAGGUUCCGUUGCAUUUGGACUUGAGAAUAGGUUUUUUUUAAUAAUAAAAGAACUGCAAACCCGUUUA